AAACAACUUUGUGAAACAUGAUAACAAAAAUUGGUUCUUUUUGUUGUAUGUAAUCAGAGCGGAACGAAAUACGGAGUAGUGAAUAGAUCAAUCGCGUGUUAACUCCUUUCAGAUUCGCAGUCGAUUGAUUCGUCAUAAUCGGCUCAAAAUGGUGGGCAUCUUUUCAAGAUUUUCCGUUUCAAAGAAUGGGCAUAGACGAGCUCAGAGUGCACUUGAUGUGAGGGAUGCAUUGCCUUCUAAACCAGAGGCAACAAUUGCUACUUCUAUAGUUGGAGCAGCAGCAGCUGUCUGCACUCAUGGCAUUGAAGUUGCGGUUGGAUUCAAGCCCGUUGAACACCCGUUUGAGCCCUUUGACAACGAUGCCCCUAUCCGAUGCCCGCUGCCUGAACCUUCAAUACUCAAUGAUGGAAGAAUUUGGGAAGAGCGAGUUUUGGGCGCGCGAAAACCAUCUGACCUGGAAGUAGUGCAUGAAGGGGUAGCUGUGGGUCCCGAGGCAGCCAGCACAACAACGCGUCAACACCCCUCUGCACGUCCCAUUUUUCCAUCCAUUAGUGCACCGGAGCACAGUAUCAUCGGAUUGCUUGAAGAGUCUUGACUUCACAAGAAUUUGCUGUUUUGUUUUGUGUGUCAUACGAAGUAUUUUUAUCAUCUUCUUCUUCUUCUUCUCCCUUACCACACCCCACCCCUCUCCCGUUAUGACAACAAGGUGGGGUGGGGGAGAUACAUACACUAUACAUACGGAGCAGUUGUUUAAUGAAUGAAUCUGCUUGGCUUCAAUUCAUUUUCUUGUUUGAAUUCGCGUACACGUUGUUAGAGGCGAGUUUGCACUAUACAAUACAUGUGUGUAUGUAUGUACCAAGAACUGGAUUGGACUUGUUAUUAUGGACAAAGAGUGAAGGGAACCCACCCCUACAGUUAGUGUCAAC